AUGUCCACUCCUCGCAGGACGUCAAAGGACUCAGCAGGGUUUGCCUCCGUAGACAAUAUCAGUACACACUCUUUCGUCCCUACCAAUGUUCCCGGCAUACGACUUCCAACGCGAACGCCUUUACCGCCAGAGGUAACCCUCGAGGAUUACGAAUAUGCUGUCUCGAAUCUCCACAGUGAAUACGAUGCCCUCUCAAACCUGGUACAACGAUUAAGAUUUGAGAAACUGCGUAAGAUAACAUUUCAAGAUGGAUGGAAUCCAUUCGCUUUCCAGAAUGCGGACGUGUGUGUCCCAGUCCCAGUAGAGGAGAUCGAAAAUUACGGUUUUGACGAGCAGACAUCUAGUUGUAAGUGCCCAAACAAUAUGGCGCCAUGCACUCGCCAGCAAGCUCUCGAUGACCUUGACCAUUGGGUUCAUACAUUGCGUAAGUUGGCAGUACGAUCGAAAUUCAGUAGGACGUACGACCAGCUACAGCUUGCCACCAAACACCUCAACAUCGUUAACAUAAAGGGUGUUCUCACACAACCAGGCACGUUGGAUUCGGCUUCCCCUGAAAGGCAACGUCAAUGUAAUACCGUGGACGCAGUGCUAUGCUCAGCGCGAGACCUUUCUAGGGCGAGUACUGACUGGUCAUCUUGGGGAGGCUGUUCGGAGAAGUGCAACAGUGGGACACAGGAAAGAUUCAAAAUAACUCACAACAAGGGCGUAAGGGCGUUAGUAGUCGAUAAGAGGGAAUGUUCACUAGCUAAAUGCUCGGAUUCUAAUCAACACAACUUAUUACAAUGUUCCAUUUCUAUCGUACCGCCAACCGAAUAUGGACGAACCGUUGUCCGUACGUGUAUAUGCCCCGCCGAAGACUCAGUAAUCUGUUCAUCCGAAGAGGCACGAAUUACUAUGAACAAUUGGCUCCCCCAAUUCCGAGAUUAUUGUAUGAAGUCCUUGGCGCGUAGUGAAUACAAUAUCCUAUACAAGGAUUUGCCACUACUGAAGACAUAUUACCUAGGAAGGUUCAUACAAUUGCGCUUCAAAGAUGGCUAUUACUUCGAUUGCACGGAACGUUGGGGAGUUCUCGAUAAGGAUGACAGUACCAACUACUGUAAAGUUGGUUCUCCGAUACUUUGCGGAGAGAGUAUCGCGAAGAGCACCGCUAGAGUGUCGUUUUUGGAGACACCUAUUGAAAAGGAUUCCCUUUGCGACGUGACGUACAACAUAUACGGUAAACCUAUACACUCAAUAUGGUUGUGCGGCACUAUUAUAAGUGUUGAUUAUGAAAAGGAGCUGAUUGACUUCGAUGAUGGUUCAGGGAGGCAAUUGCAGAUUAAGUUCACAAGGGUGUAUGUCGACUCAGAAAUCCUGCGCGGUCAAGCAAUGGCGGAUAGAGACACACUCGUGACUACAACAAUGGAAGAUUUCCAUAAAAAAACGAAAUUGGAUGAUGAAGUCGUGAAAAGCUUCACGGUGUCAUUGGCAUUCAAGGAUCGGUUUUCCAUCACAAAUGGCAUGGACUGGGAUAACUCUGGUGAGGUGAUGGUAACAUCAUCCGAGGAUAGGACUGUUUAUUUAUACUCCUUAACCAAAGCAGGAGUUACCAACGUGCUACAAAGCAAGAAGCACGGCGUUUGUGGCGUUCGCUUUACUCACGAAGGACCCAGGCACAUUGUCUGUAGUUCUUCCAGAGAUGCGCCCGCAGUAUCUGUAAAACUAUGGGAUACCAUGGAAAACCGUUACAUUAAGAGUUUUUCGCUAGUGGCACCUGUCGUUCGAGGCCGUGGUAUAUCGCCACAUCCUGCCCGUGACUUGAUGUUAAUUAGCACCUAUGACAACACAUGUUCUCUCUACUCAUAUGACAAUUCUUCGCCUCUGGUAUCGUACAAGGGAACAAGCGUCGUGGGAGCAUUUGAUCCCUUGGGUUUGAUUUUUGCCGUUUGUGAUUCGAGUCAGGGGAAUAAAACGCUAUCAUUAUAUGAUAUAUCCAAGUAUCAGGUGCCAUUUGUUACAUUCGACCUCGGAAACGUGCUACUGAAAACUGAGGAAGUUGUUGUGGGUUUGAAGAGAUCUAACUUAGAACGUCGUCAGAGCAUUGAUUUCAACCCAAAUGGCCGCUGUGUGAUCUUGGGGACGAACUAUACUAGGUUGCUGUGCAUCAAUGCGGUUAAUGGUAGUGCUCUUUUCGCUUGCUGUUAUGCCGAUGAGCCAUCAUUCAUUGACGACAAGAAUGCGUUUUGUUACCCGUCCAUAUCUCCUGAUGGCAGGUAUUUAUUGUGCGGGCGUACCAAUGGAAGUCUUUCAAUAUGGAAUUUCAAGGGUCAAAGCGUCGGGACUUUGUUGGGACAUAAAGGUGAAACUGUAUGGCGCCGUCUUUUCAGGAAGCGGGCAGCGCUCCGCGCGAUAUUUCGUAGUUUAGGGGAGUUGGAGCAAUUGAUUAUUUUACGCCUCUUGAGCAUUAAACAAGCGGUUUCGGAGCGAGCGUUAAGGCUUUGGAUGAAUCCUAACUCAUUCACCGAUUUGCGAAAAGCUUUGUCUAUAAUGCAGUCCUACCACAUCAUACAGGUUUCAGACAACCGAACAAAAGAUGGAAAACAACAGUACGAAUUACAUAAAGAUUUCAAAAAUUCAAUGCUAUGUGAAAUAUAUGACAUACCAUGCGAAUUCGAAAAGGGCCUACAGUUAAUCGGCAACGUAGGUGACGUCUUACAUAAAGAUACAAAGAGCACACCAUCCAUUGGUACACUACUGAAGUACUCAAAGGAACGUCUGGAUUUUCUCGUCCUGUUUCUGGUGUCAAGCGAAGUUAGAAGACAUACACUGAGAGCCAAUAAGGUUUCGAAAAAAUUAAAGAAGUUGGAGAAGUUGAGGGAAAACGAUGUUAAGAAUCCCAUACUAUUCAAAAAGGUCAAGUCCUUAGAGCGCCAGUUGUUGACCUUAACCAAACAUGGUGGAACUGUAUCGAUGGAUCUUUUAAGGAUAUUUGAAAGGUUUAAUAUGAUAUCUGAGGACAGUAAAAAGAAUAAGCUCUGCGGCGCAGACAGCGGCAUGAGCAGGCAAGCAUUAAGUUGGUUGUUAAAGGGUGUGGACAGUCAAUUAAUAAUCCUCAUUGUCGGCCAUUUGCAACAGAUUGAAGGAGGGUACUUAAGCGGUUGCAUAGAUAUUCAUCAGACCAAGACAGAUUCAGAGGCUAAGGAAGGUGUGGAUGACUUCACGGAUUCCGAUGAUAAAGCAACUGUAGAAAAGAUAGAUCUUGCCACUUCGACGAUUAUAGAAUCAUUAGAUCUACUUCUGUCAUUAUCGCAAGCCAGAUUUGGCGAUGUUUUUAGGAUGACGAAUCUCACCAAGGCACAGCAGCGGUUGUUGAAGCUCUUAAUCGAGUUGGGUCUGGUAUAUUCUGAUUCAUCAAAAGGUAAAUUCUACGUGUCAGAUCUUAGUUUCUUGGUCGACAGGAGUAAAACGGAUUCCGGCGAGGCACCGAAAAUAUCUAUGUCCAUUUGUGGAGCCAAAGAAAGCAAGAUCGUGGUGCAGAGCAAUUUCAAAGUUUAUGUUUAUACAGCAAACGCGUUACAAAUAAGCGUAUUGAGUCACAUAUGCGAAUUACAAGCAAGAACCCCGAACCUGGUAAUCGGUGUAUUAACGCGGUCAAGCGUGCAAGCUGCAUUCAAGAGUGGAAUUAGCGCUGAGCAAAUAAUACGUUUUUUCGAGUCAAAAACGCAGUAUGACGAGAGCAACAUGAAUUCCACAGCUGUGAAAGUUCCCGAGAACGUACGACGCCAGCUAAAAAUGUGGGAGGCUGAACGCAACAGGCUUGAACUCAUCAGCGCUAUUUUGUUUAAACGCUGGGAUGCGGAAUUUAUGCCAGAGCUUUUCAAACGUACAGUACGAUGGGCACAAGCAAAGCGCUACGAGUUAUUCCAUACUACAUGGCCGUCAGAUAUAUAUUCACCAGAUUACCGCAAUUGGCUGGAAAACGAGAAAUAUUUGGCAUGUACAUUCGAAUCGAAAGAGGAAGUUAUUGAUAAGAUAAAACAAAUACGUAUGUCAUUAUCGGAUGAAAAAAAUCGUUCUUCCGGUGGGAGUGCAUUUGGCAAGGGACAAGAUUUGUGA